AAAAAAUCGUGUUCCUGACCGCCCUGGUUCUAGCCCAGGGGAAACCCCAAGUUGAGGACAAAUACGAAAGAAAGGAAAAUUGUGAGCGUAAUGAACUUUGCCCCGAGGAUCAGCGUCAUUAUCUUCUACCCCAUGAAUACGACUGCACAAAGUUCUACUACUGUGAAUAUGGAAUGAAAUGGGAGUUACCACGAGAUUGUGCGCCUGGAACUCAGUUCUCGUUUAAGUUGCAGGUCUGUAUCCAUCCGACUCUGGCUAAUUGUACACUUCCUGGAAGUCCAAUGAAGCCAAUAACAACGACGACUACCACCACAACAACUAAAGCUCCAACAACAACCACUACUACUACCACUCCAGCACCAACAACAACCACUACAAUGACAACUUCUACAACACAAAAACCAACAACAACAACAACGACGACGACGACUUCAUCAACCGAAUCAGAUGACUAUUUGUUAGAAAAUGGCUGCCCAGCUGAUUUUAAUGUCCAUAAGUUGCUCCCUCAUGAAACCGAAUGUAAUAAAUUUUAUUAUUGCGUCCAUGGACAAAAAGUUGAAAGACAAUGCGCACCAGGCACUUAUUUCAAUGCUACAUUACAAGUAUGUGAUUGGCCCCAUAACGUAGAGUGCGCUGGUUCUGUUGGAGGUGAUGGUGGAAGUGGAGGCGCUGGCGGGGGGAACUUAUCCAACGGUUGUCCGGCAGAUUUCGGCAUCCACAAGCUAUUGCCACAUGAGACGAAUUGCUCCAAGUUUUACUAUUGCGUUUUUGGUAACAAGGUUGAACGCGAGUGCCCUUUGAAUACCCACUUCAAUCCAACGUUGCAGGUAUGCGACUGGCCCAAAAAUGCUGGAUGUGCCAACAACGCUGGUGAAAAUGGAAGUAGUGGUGGAGGAGACGCAGGUAACGGCGUAGGUGGUAGUGGAGGCGAAAACUGCGGAGAAGGGGCAAGUUGCGGUGGAGGCAGUGGUGGAGGUGGAAACGAAAAUGACGUCGAUCAAGGAGAAUUGCUGCCAAACGGAUGUCCAAGCGACUUUGACAUUCACAAACUUCUCCCACACGAAACAGACUGUGGCAAGUUCUACUACUGUGUGUUUGGAGAGAAAGUGGAACGUACCUGUGCACCUGGCACGCACUUUAAUCCAUUGCUGCAGCUAACUGCUACUGUUGAUUUUGAAAAAUGGAUAAGAUGA